AUGCGGACUCCUUUCCAAAAUUACGCCUCUCCUACGUACGCCUCUCCUACGUACGCCUCUCCUACGUACGCCUCUCCUACGUACGCCUCUCCUUGUGAAGCCCUACAAUGCUAUACCUGCAUGGGUUCUAGUGAUGAAGACUGCAAUCGUCAGGGCUCAAAAACCUGUCCAAGCUACUCUGACGCCUGCGCUGUAGUACGAGGACACGGAAGUGAGUUAAACAGCGGAGUGAUGAAGUCCUGCUCCUACAAGUCUUUCUGUAGCCAGGCCAACAGUCAGGGUUACCGGUCACCAGGGGUCAGAGUUCACUGCUGUUUCUCGGAUGACUGCAACGUGACAGGAAACGUAUCCAAGCUGGAAGGAAGUCUCAGCUACCUGUUGCUCCUCCUUCCCCUGCUCCUCCUCUGGAUCUAAAACUAAACAUAUAACCCAGUAACUAAACCCAGCACAAACCCCCCACCUACCUCCCUACUCUACCCUAAAACUAAACCCAGCACAAAUCAACAGCCAUGCCAACUACCCCAGCUACCUCCCUACCCUACCCUACCCUACUCUAAAACUAAACCCAGCACAAACCAACAGCCAUGCCAACUACCCCACCUACCUCCCUACCCUACUCUCAAACUAAACCCAGCCCAAACCAACAGCCAUGCCAACUACCCCACCUACCUCCCUACUCUACCCUACUCUCAAACUAAACCCAGCACAAACCAACAGCCAUGCCAACUACCCCACCCACCUACCUCCCUUCCCUACCCUACUCUAAAACUAAACCCAGCACAAACCAACAGCCAUGCCAACUACCCCACCUACCUCCCUACCCUACUCUACCCGACUCAAACCCCACCUCUCCAAGCCUCAGCUACCAUCCCCACUCUGGCCGACUACGCCAUAUAACUCUGCCUAUCUAAAGUAUCUAAAGUAACACACAAUAAAAUAACCAUUGAUAUCACCAUAUAACCAACCCAGAACAACCCAAACCAACCUAACCUACAACAAACCCAAACCCGAACAACCCCAAACCAGAACAGCUCCAAACCAGAAUAACCUCAACUCAGAACAAACCCAGAGCAACCCCAACCCAGAACAACCCCAACCCCAACUCAGAACAAACCCAACCCAGAACAAACCCACCCAGAACAAACCCAACCCAGAACAAACCCAACCCAACCCAACCUACAACAAACCCAACCCAAACCAACCUAACCUACAACAAACCCAACCCAGAACAAACCCAACCCAACCCAAACCAACCUAACCUACAACAAACCCAACCCAGAACAAACCCAACCCAAACCAACCUAACCUACAACAAACCCAACCCAAACCAAACUAACCUACAACAAACCCAACCCAAACCAACCUAACCUACAACAAACCCAACCCAAACCAACCUAACCUACAACAAACCCAAACCAGAACAAACCCAACCCAACCCAAACCAACCUAACCUACAACAAACCCAACCCAAACCAACCUAACCUACAACAAACCCAACCCAAACCAACCUAACCUAAAUCCAGUCAUGCCAACUAACUACCCAUAUCUACUGUACCCGCCACUCCCAAUCUAAGUACGGUCAACUAUGUAAUCUAACUCCUCGCCAUCCAACAUUCCCAGCCUUAUAGGAAACCCAUAUGCUUCAGCAACACCUUCUCUAGCCUCCACCUACAGCUCUUCAUCCUUAUAGCCUCCACCUACAGCUCCUCAAGACACGCAGACAUAAUUUUAGCCUCCACCUACAGCUCUUCAAGACAUGCAGACAUCCUUGUCCCAUCCUUCUCUAGCUAAUUCCUUCACAAUCCUUCACUCUAACCCAAACCCUGUCCCACACCAACAUUUCAUUUAUUUUAUUCCUCAAACAACAGCAACACAAACGGCUGAUAAAUCAUGCUUGUGCAUGUGUGCACAAUAUAAAGUGUCAUGAGAUGGGUUGUAACUAAAGAUCUGGACCGGUUCUAAUCUGGUACUCCUAAAGAUGAUUGGCUGGACGUACAGGUGUUCAAGCCAAUCACAGUCCAUCUCACUAUUUAUCAGGUCUGAAUGUAUUUUGGAACUAUGGGAUUGAAGGAAUUUAACCUGGUCCAAGAUGUGUUUGUGCUGUCUUGCCAACCUCCCAUGGCCGUUGUCACGAGUUGGCAAGACAUUCGUUUCGGAAAUCCCAGACCCAGGGCAGAUUCUCUUGGUUGUUGCAGAGAGAGUCCUCUUCAGAGAGACAUCUCUCCCAACAAAUCAAGAGUCUGGGUCGGCGGAGUUUAAAUGUGGGUGGGAAUUGUGCUGUUUACACUGAAGGCAACAAGCGGAUAAAGUCAGUGACAUGAGAAAGCUGGAUGUCCCAGCUCUGUCCUGUCUUCUAUGCCAAGCUGACAUUGUGCUGUUUACACUGAAGGCAACAAGCGGAUAAAGUCAGUGACAUGAGAAAGCUGGAUGUCCCAGCUCUGUCCUGUCUUCUAUGCCAAGCUGACAUUGUGCUGUUUACACUGAAGGCAACAAGCGGAUAAAGUCAGUGACAUGAGAAAGCUGGAUGUCCCAGCUCUGUCCUGUCUUCUAUGCCAAGCUGACAUUGUGCUGUUUACACUGAAGGCAACAAGCGGAUAAAGUCAGUGACAUGAGAAAGCUGGAUGUCCCAGCUCUGUCCUGUCUUCUAUGCCAAGCUGACAUUGUGCUGUUUACACUGAAGGCAACAAGCGGAUAAAGUCAGUGACAUGAGAAACCUGGAUGUCCCAGCUCUGUCCUGUCUUCUAUGCCAAGCUGACAUUGUGCUGUUUACACUGAAGGCAACAAGCGGAUAAAGUCAGUGACAUGAGAAAGCUGGAUGUCCCAACUCUGUCCUGUCUUCUAUGCCAAGCUGACAUUGUGCUGUUUACACUGAAGGCAACAAGCGGAUAAAGUCAGUGACAUGAGAAAGCUGGAUGUCCCAGCUCUGUCCUGUCUUCUAUGCCAAGCUGACAUUGUGCUGUUUACACUGAAGGCAACAAGCGGAUAAAGUCAGUGACAUGAGAAAGCUGGAUGUCCCAACUCUGUCCUGUCUUCUAUGCCAAGCUGACAUUGUGCUGUUUACACUGAAGGCAACAAGCGGAUAAAGUCAGUGACAUGAGAAAGCUGGAUGUCCCAGCUCUGUCCUGUCUUCUAUGCCAAGCUGACAUUGUACAUGUACAGAGGUGUAAGAACAUCGGUACUUUGUGGGAGGCAACCUGUCUUUCUAGAGAGACUAGCAAGGCAGCUCAAACAUAUCUAGGUCCAGGCUACUAGACCAGCUGAAGCAGUUUUCAAAUGGAGCGGCUAAGGUUUAUUUUAUUUUAUUGGGGGGUUGACUGGGCACCACGGAUUUUCAGCUGCUGACUUUGCAUUAUUUCCUUCUUUUUUUUUUGUUUCU